CUGUCCGGCACCGAGCGGCGCCGCUCGGCUGAGCCGGGACCCGGCGGGUCCCCCGCGGGUUUGGGGACGGGUUUGGGGAGCUGCCGUGCGCCCUGGAACAGCUCCCGCCGUGCCUCGCCCGUGCUGCUGCUCCGAGGGAGCAUCCUCAGCUGUUUGCCUGUCCUGUGCUGUAACCAAGGGCGCUUGAUGCUCACAAGCGUUUAACCGAGGGGAUUUUCUCAGCAUGCAGUCCCUUUAGAUUUGAGUGUGAUCACCAACCACAUCCUCCUCAUUCAGCUUCUAUUUCCAUAUCUUCUUCCUGCUUUUUUCAGAAAUGCAAAAAAAAUUCCCAAUGAUCUAACAAGAAGGUGAAGCUGCCGUCUGGUUAUUUCUUCAGGAGGAUUAGGUUCUGAAGGAUAAAAUUUAAAUUGUCCUGAGCUUGAACAGUAAAGGAUAAAUUCAUUCACUGGCUGACUUGUCGUUUCACUGUUGUGAUGGAAAAAUGUUUGCUUAAAAGAAACCCUUUUGAUGCCACUAAAACGGGCUUUGAAUACAAGAUCUGUUGAGAUUUUUAAAACACAAACCAAAUAAUGUCAGAACCUGACCCUUCAUCUGGAUUUGUGGGAAACAUGGAAAAUGGGACUUUUCUGGAGCUGUAUCCCACAUCCCUUUCAACUUCAGUGGAUUCAUCGCCUGGCCGUUUAUCCAACGUCUAUGUCUAUGUUUCUAUUUUCCUCAGUCUCUUAGCUUUUCUCCUUUUGCUACUGAUCAUUGCACUUCAGAGGCUGAAAAACAUAAUUUCUUCCAGUUCCUCCUACCCUGAAUACAAUAGUGAUGCUGGAAGUUCAUUCACCAAUUUAGAGGUUUGCAGUAUUUCUUCCCAGCGCUCUGCUCUCUCAAAUCUUUCUUCAUGAAAAUAAAUGAGAGGAAACACACAGGGAA